UUUCCUUCUCCUGAAGGCAGAUGUUGCCUCUCGCGCGCUCCGAUUGGUUCAGUUCACUCUAGAAACACUGCUACCGGGGAGAAACUGGACCCCAGGGUCGGGAGCGAAUUCCAGCCUCCAGGGCUGAUAAGCGAGGCAUUGGUGUGAGAGAGACUUUACCCCGCCGUGGUGGGCGGAGGGCGCGCAGUGGAGCAGCAGCAUAGGCGCGGGUCCCGGGAGGCCGACUCCGCUCGCGCUAAGAUGUGGAAUCUCCUGCACGAAACCGACACGGCUGUGGCCACCGCGCGCCGCCCGCGCUGGCUGUGCGCUGGGGCACUGGUGCUGGCGAGUGGCUUCUUUCUCCUCGGCUUCCUCUUCGGAUGGUUUAUAAAAUCCUCCAGUGAAGCUACUAACAUUACUCCAAAGCAUAAUAUGAAAGUAUUUUUGGAUGAACUGAAAGCUGAGAACAUCAAGAAGUUCUUACAUAAUUUUACACAGAUACCACAUUUAGCAGGAACAGAACAAAACUUUCAACUUGCAAAGCAAAUUCAAUCCCAGUGGAAAGAAUUUGGCCUGGAUUCUGUUGAGCUAACUCAUUAUGAUGUCCUGUUGUCCUACCCAAAUAAGACUCAUCCCAACUACAUCUCAAUAAUUAAUGAAGAUGGAAAUGAGAUUUUCAACACAUCAUUAUUUGAACCACCUCCUGCAGGAUAUGAAAAUGUUUCGGAUAUUGUACCACCUUUCAGUGCUUUCUCUCCUCAAGGAAUGCCAGAGGGCGAUCUAGUGUAUGUUAACUAUGCACGAACUGAAGACUUCUUUAAAUUGGAACGGGACAUGAAAAUCAAUUGCUCUGGGAAAAUUGUAAUUGCCAGAUAUGGGAAAGUUUUCAGAGGAAAUAAGGUUAAAAAUGCCCAGCUGGCAGGGGCCAAAGGAGUCAUUCUCUACUCAGACCCUGCUGACUACUUUGCUCCUGGGGUGAAAUCUUAUCCAGAUGGAUGGAAUCUUCCUGGAGGUGGUGUCCAGCGUGGAAAUAUCCUAAAUCUGAAUGGUGCAGGAGACCCUCUCACACCAGGUUACCCAGCAAAUGAAUAUGCUUAUAGGCGUGGAAUUGCAGAGGCUGUUGGUCUUCCAAGUAUUCCCGUUCAUCCAAUUGGAUACUAUGAUGCACAGAAGCUCCUAGAAAAAAUGGGUGGCUCAGCAUCACCAGAUAGCAGCUGGAGAGGAAGUCUCAAAGUGCCCUACAAUGUUGGACCUGGCUUUACUGGAAACUUUUCUACACAAAAAGUCAAGAUGCACAUCCACUCUACCAGUGAAGUGACAAGAAUUUACAAUGUGAUAGGUACUCUCAGAGGAGCAGUGGAACCAGGUAAAGGAAUCAUUUGCUUAGCAAAUAUUGAUCAAGUAACUGUUAUGUGCUGGAUACUGCCAACCUCUGGGAUAUCCUGGGUACAUUAUGAAUUUUUUUCUAGCAUUUAUAUAUGCACAUAUAUUUUAGGGUGGAGACCUAGAAGAACAAUUUUGUUUGCAAGCUGGGAUGCAGAAGAAUUUGGUCUUCUUGGUUCUACUGAAUGGGCAGAGGAGAAUUCAAGACUCCUUCAAGAGCGUGGCGUGGCUUAUAUUAAUGCUGAUUCGUCUAUAGAAGGAAACUACACUCUGAGAGUUGAUUGUACACCACUGAUGUACAGCUUGGUAUACAACCUAACAAAAGAGCUGGAAAGCCCUGAUGAAGGCUUUGAAGGCAAAUCUCUUUAUGAAAGUUGGACUAAAAAAAGUCCUUCCCCCGAGAUAAGUGGCAUGCCCAGGAUAAGCAAAUUGGGAUCUGGAAAUGAUUUUGAGGUGUUCUUCCAACGACUUGGAAUUGCCUCAGGCAGAGCACGGUAUACUAAAAAUUGGGAAACAAACAAAUUCAGCAGCUAUCCACUGUAUCACAGUGUCUAUGAAACAUUUGAGUUGGUGGAAAAGUUUUAUGAUCCAAUGUUUAAAUAUCACCUCACUGUGGCCCAGGUUCGAGGAGGGAUGGUGUUUGAACUAGCCAAUUCCGUAGUGCUCCCUUUUGAUUGUCGAGAUUAUGCUAUAGUUUUAAGAAAGUAUGCUGACAAAAUCUACAAUAUUUCUAUGAAACAUCCACAGGAAAUGAAGACAUACAGUGUAUCAUUUGAUUCACUUUUUUCUGCAGUAAAGAAUUUUACAGAAAUUGCUUCCAAGUUCAGUGAGAGACUCCAGGACUUUGACAAAAGCAACCCAAUAUUGUUAAGAAUGAUGAAUGAUCAACUCAUGUUUCUGGAAAGAGCAUUUAUUGAUCCAUUAGGGUUACCAGACAGACCUUUUUAUAGGCAUGUCAUCUAUGCUCCAAGCAGUCACAACAAGUAUGCAGGGGAGUCAUUCCCAGGAAUUUAUGAUGCUCUGUUUGAUAUUGAAAGCAAAGUGGACCCUUCCCAGGCCUGGGGAGAAGUGAAGAGACAAAUUUCUAUUGCAGCCUUCACAGUGCAAGCAGCUGCAGAGACUUUGAGAGAAGUGGCCUAAGAGGAUUCUUUAGAGAAUCCAUAUUGAAUUUGUGUGGUAUGUCAUUCAGAAAGAAUCAGAAUGGGUAUAUUCAUAAAUUUUAAAAUUGGUAUAUUUGAAAUAAAGUUGAAUAUUAUAUAUA